AUGGUAAAUAUUGAGAUGUAUUUCUGAUAAUGGCUUUAAAAUUCCUGCUUCUCCUCUCCCAGUGUCAAAGCACUGUCAAUCUCACCCUCCUCUCCUUAUCAGACUGAAACGAGCAGGACUAGAUCCUAAGCAUAUAACCUUGAGAUUUUGCAAAAGACACCGGAUGUUAUAAAUCUUCUUAAACAAUGAAAUAGUUCCCGUUGCACACACACAGAGAGUGAAAUUCUUCUUCAGCUCUUCUUCAAGUUGUCUGGUUUUCACAAAGGAAGGGGGAGGGCAGGGGGAGGGUAGCGGCAAGUACAAAUAAGAGCUGGUUAUUGAUCCAGGGCAAAGCUUUUGGAGCCCUCCUGGCGAUACUAGAAGGACUUUACGUAUACAAACACAUGGGUGUACUCCACCUGCAGCACUGACUGUUGCACCUUCAUUGUGUGUUUUUAUUUGCGUGGGGCACUCAAAGUGGGGAAAGGACCAACAAACUGUGUUUGUGGCAAGUGAAUUCACAAGUUUAUAAACUCUGAAUUUAAAUGGGAACUCCUGUAAAACAAGCUCUCUUUCUCUUACAGGAAUGUGAUAAAUGUCAGAGGUAAAUGCGCAUUCAGUAUUUUCUUUACAUGUAACAUUUUUGGCACCAUUUUAAACGGACUUCAUCCAUUUAUUUGUUUCACCCUUUUUUUAUUCUGACAGACGGCAGAAAAAUAGAGCUUUUUGCUACUUUUGUAGCUCUGUCCAGAAGCUGCCCAUUUGCGCACAGUGCGGUAAGUCUUUCUCUUAAUUCUCUGUGUUCCUACAAUUGGUCUGUGCUUAGAAUUUUAUUUUUGCAUUGUGGCCUGAUUAUACAAACUUAGCCAUAUUUUGACUCUGUUGGUGCCAGAUGUGGCUGGAUUUCAGUUUCCAUCAUCCCUGACCAUUGGCCACGCUGGCUGGAGCUGGUGGGAGUAGCGACUCCACCAAUAUCUGGAGGGACACAGGUUAUUCACCCUCAAACGUGACAGGAAAGUUACCUUAUUUGGGCUCCUUCUGGGGCUGAAAACAUUAGCUGCUUUUAAUUGUUCAGUCUAAACUAUCAGCACCUUUAAGCAUGCAGCAAAUUAUUUUUAAUAAAGCAGUUGUAAAAACUGCAGAUGAAAGGCUGCAUCCUCAGAAGAGGCAGCCUCUCUAGUGCAGGAAUGUGGAACCUGCAGUCCUCCAGAUGUUUCUGGACUCUGGAACCUCUGUCCCUCCAGACUUCCAAUUCCCAUCAGCCCCAGCAAGCGAGGUCAAUUUUCAAUUAUGCAGCAAUAUCUGGAAGGCAACAGGUUCCCCACCCCCCAUCCGUGAUGAAUAAAGAAUGCCUCUUCUAAGAUGGUGAACUAUCUGAAAAAAUAAAUUAUUCAGUUGUAUCCAAUAAGACUGUCGCAUUAGUGCAAAGACUACGGUCUGCACAACAGGACUUCUUCUUUUUGCUCCACCAAAUCUGCUCCAGAGGGUUGAGAGAAACCCACGAAAAAUUGGUGAGUUGCAAGCCAGUGGUGGAGGGGAGAAGAGGGAGUGAAAGUCUGGUCACACAGAAGUCCUUACAACACGGUGUUGCUGGAUCCAACUCAUUGUUUUGAUCAGAUGUGUAUUGAUUUGAGCAAUUUAAAAUACCACAGUUUGCUCAGAUCCCUUGUAUGAUAGUCCUUACUCUCACUUUUCCCCCCUUAGCCUGAAACACUUGUAAACACUGAAAGAGACAAAUGCUAUGGCUUUUUAUGGAGCUUUAGUGUUGCUGAACACUCGUGUGUGUGUGUGUGUGUGUGUGUAAUAUUUCUUUUCUCUCUGUAAUAGGCAAAACAAAAUGCAUGAUGAAAUCUUCAGACUGUGUCAUAAAACAUGCUGGUGUGUACAGCACUGGGCUUUCUAUGGUGGUAUGUAUCUGGAAACAAUACAUCAGUUUUAGAAUAUGUGAUAAGUGCAACUAAAGUUUGAAGAGAUUACUUGCCCAACUGUGCUGAUGGCUCUUUUCUUGUUACCCAGGGGUGCAGCUCAGUAAUUUUCAACCCUGGAGUGGUGGUCUUACCACACAUUAAUAAUAAUAAUGAAGCUCACAUUAAUAAUAAUAAUAAUAAAUAAAUAAAUAAAUAAAUAAAUAAAUAAAUAAAUAAAUAAAUAAAUAAAAAUAAAUAAAUAACAUUGCUCUUCCACAGCCUUCCUGACUCCCCUGCAAUUCUAUGCAUUACAAUGGUUUCUACAUUCCUGUUAUAUUGGAACAAAAAGCCAAAAUAGUUUGCCAACCCUGGUAAAUAAAAAGCAAACAAACUCAUAAGCAUGCACAGUUUCACAUUUUAAACUCAUAGCACCAUCGUGAUCUUUGGUUCUGCUGUCUUGAAGGUAAACACAUGUAUUUUGGAAUAAGCAUUAAAAAAAAUAUUAUUCAAAUUAGCAACCAGAACCUUCUGAAUCCUGGCUAUAAAAUGUUUUUUAAAAAUAAGACAGGAUGCUGAUUUGGGAGUCUGUGUGCCCCUGCCCUCCAUUGCCUUCUGUUGCCUGGGUGGUCAUUUGGAGGCCCCUUGACUGCAGAGCCCUGGAUUUCAUUGUUGAGGUUCAGCCACUGUUACCUGUUUGGACUGCAGGAAAAUGCAGGAAUGGUAACAUUUGCACAGAUCAUUGUGCAUGCUUCAGCCCUUUUCAAAUUAAUAGGCAUGACCAUGCCUAUCUGUAAGGCAGCUUGCAACCAAAGUCGUGAAUAUCCCAGUCUUGGACUUCAGAGUCACACGUUUCAAGAGAGAUAACACAUUGCUUCCAUGAAAGGUAACAAUUGAGCCUGGAAUCAUGGGAAGGUUAGCUAGUAACUCAAGACAAAAAACACUAUUAGCCUAUAUAUAGAGGAGAGGAAAACAAGAUUAUGCAUUUUUAAAAUACCGUAUUUACUCAAAUCUAAUGUUCACCUUUUUUUGGCCAAAUUACGACACGAAAAUUAAGGUCUGCGUUAGAUUCGAUGGGACAUUUACAUUUGCCAGCAACUCCUUUUUUUGGUUUCAAGGUUCUGAAAAUUGAGGUGCGAUGGUGCAUUGGACUCGAGUAAAUACGGCAUUUCUUUUGAAGAUCGACUUCCUUGUUUCUGCGUGUUCUAUGCUGUCACGAGCAAACUGCAUAGUGCAAAUCCUUUUGCAGAUAAGCAAAGCUUCCCUGAAUACAUUGCCUGGUAUGAACAUAAUGGGCAGCUCUGUUGUUGUCCACAUGCAUGGCUCCCUGGAUGAGACAGCGCAGCAAUUCAUGGGGGGUGGGGGGAGUAGCCCGUGGAACGCAGGCUGCUUGCAUACUUUGGAACAUCUUGUCCGGGUCUGUCGCGUUCCUUAGCGAGGACUUCCGAGCAAUUCUGGUUGCUGAGAGUAGCGUGUGGGAUUAAAAAAGAAAACACAGAAAGAAAAUCAAUGGGAUUCAAUUUCAUGUAAUGUACUUUAGGAAUGGGCACUUAGCAGUCUUGCAAAAAAAAAAAAAAAAAAGAGCCCUGAGAAUAUGGAAUGCAUUUGGGAGAUGGAUGGCAGCGCUGAGCAAAAUUGCCUUCCACUGCUUCAGAAUGACUCCCUCCUGCUGCCGCUGCCUGGAAUGCAUGCCCGGUCCUUGCUUGUUCAGCAGAGCUGGUGCUUAUAUAGAGGUCUGCCAAAGUCCAUAGUAAUGUGUGGGUUCUUCUUUUGCAGGGGGCCAUAUGUGAUUUCUGUGAAGCUUGGGUUUGCCAUGGCAGGAAAUGCCUUAGCACCCAUGCUUGUAUCUGUCCUCUGGCCGACGCAGAGUGCAUUGAAUGUGAGAGAGGUGUCUGGGAUCACGGUGAGUUGUUCACCAGUUAGAGGGGUGUGUUCUCUUGUUUCACUUGCAUUUGGAAAGCUCACCAAUUACCAAAGGAAGGUGGCUACAGGGCUAGUUUCCUUGCCGUAGCAAGUCUUUAUGAAUUGAAAACAACUUCACUAGAAGUAGAGAAUCCUAAAAUUGGAGGAGAGGCAGACCCCUUCACAUAUCCCUUUUCAGAUGACACAUGCAAGAAAACUAUUACUUGUUCUAUGUGUAGGAAUUGAGGAUGUGUGUUAAGGUUGUACUCGGGGUAGAGUUGUUGAAACUGGUAGGCUUAAGUGCCUGUGACUUAGCUGGCUAUCCCUUGGGAGUAUUUGCACAGGCUGUUUGGAUUGGCUGCAGCUCAUGAUGCAAUUUAUCACGUGAACUCCCUCCCACUGAUACACUGUCUGUCCGAAAGUAUAUUACACAGGAGGGAAGUUUUCAAACUACCAAGGUAAUUUGUGCUACUAGCUAUCAUUACCAGCAGUCAUAAAAGCCUGUGCUAAACCAUCAACUCUGCAAAAUUACAGCAUCCUCUUGGGAUGUUGUGCAUAUCUCUUCCUUUCACACUCCCCCCACCACUCCAGUUUCAGGAAAAGGUGUUUCAUUGGCUUUCUCCUCUUUAUCUCAAUGGCCUUAACAGUGUACCACCUUAGACUGCAACCCACCAAAAGCAGCAAGACAUGUAUAGAACUGAACUGUUAGUUUAGGCUAUUUUUGAGGGGUGGGGUGGGUGCAGAUGUAGCUGGAAUAUUUGGUUUAGAUGCUGCUGUGCAAUAAAAUCUCUUUUAAUAUGGUGGUCUUGUCAUUCCGUGACCAAGCCAUCUCAACCUAACCAGGAAAAUGCGAUUAAUAUUAUAAAACAUCUUGUUUACACAAAUGGCUAGUACCACUGUAAUCCACAGUAUUUUUCUAUCUGGUGCAAGACAGGCCAGGUUUUCUUUCAUUCCUAGAAUUGAUUCAUGACAUCUGCUUGUUUUAUGAUGCUAGGGAGUGUGGGGACUGAUUUUGAUCCUUUACAUUGUGUCUUGCUGAAUCUUCUAGGAGGCAGAAUAUUCAGCUGCUGUUUUUGCCACAAUUUUCUUUGCGAAGAUGAUCAGUUUGAACAUCAGGCCAGCUGCCAAGUCCUGGAAGCCGAGACCUUUAAAUGUAAGCUAUAUCCCUGAAAGUCUCCCUUAUUAAAGGUGAACCAGCUUUUAACUGCUUCUGCUCAUAUCCAGAUAGUAGUUUGGUAGCGAACUUUAAGCCAGUGCCUUGUGGAAUGUAGCAACCUUCCCCCAACCCCAUACCAUGAGUAAGAUGGGUCAGUGUUUUGCAGAUGAAGUUGGGUACUGAACAAUGCCAGUACAGGGUCUAGUUGUGAUGUGUCCCUUUCACAAGCCCAGAGUGUGCACCACUAGGCCCUGUAUACCUUAAGGAGUGACCCCACGCCCAUCAUUUAGCCCAGACCCUGAGAUCCAGCUCUGAGGGUCUUCUGGUAGUUCCCACACUGUGAGAAGUGAAGUUACAGGGAACCAGGCAAAGGGCCUUCUCAGUAGUGGCGACUGCCUUGUGGAACACCCUCCCAUCAGAUGUCAAACAGGUAAACCACUACAGAUGGCAACCAUUUUGAAUUGGGGUUCUGUUCCUGGCCCCUGUGUGCAUCAGUGGAGUGCAUAUAAUAAGCACACCCCACCUCAUUACACCUCCAUUCUGCCUUCUACCAGGCUGAAAAAGACUCGCACAUCGGUGAUUGCAUGUCAGUUAGAUGCGCCUAAAAUGGUCACUGCCUGUACAUAACUUUCCAAAGACAUCUGAAGGCAGCCCUGUAUCAGGAAGUUUUUUAUAUUUGAUGUUUUGCUAUGUUUUUAUUACGUUGGAAGUCUCCCAGAGUGUCUGGGGCAAUCCAGUCAGAUGGGCGGGUUAUAAGUAAUAAAGGAUUGUUGUUGUUGUUGUUGUUGUUGUUGUUACAAGUAAUAAAUUGUUGUUGUUGUUUUAGUUCAAGGAGAGCCAGGCUGAUGAUCAGCCCUGUGUGUUUAGGCCCUCCUUGCACUAAUGCCAGGUUUGUGAUGUGCCUGAGUUUUGCACUUCUCCUCCAGCAUUACUGCUUGUAAAGUCCCCCACAUUUGUUGUUGUUGUUGUUCAGUAUAGUUAUUCUGCUCGUCCUUGUUGUACAAGCUGUUGCUUCCAGUCAAGAGGACUUCCUCUGCUCUCAGGAAGGGAGGAAGAGCAACGUUGGGCCCGAGCUCUGCAGGGACAUCGUUAAAAAUGUCUGUUCGCUUCUUUUUUCCGGCUGAGGCAGAGUGUUCAUUUUCCUUGUACUUUAAAGAGGCGCAGUCAUGGAAAGCCUGAGGCUACCCAUUGAACUGAAUAGUUGACCUUGGCUUAGAAGGCGAAAGGAAAAGAGCAAAGCCAUGAAAUCUCAUUAUUCAAGCAUGCCUUUUUUAUCUUGCCUAAUAGGUGUUUCCUGUAAUCGACUUGGGCAGCAUUCAUGUCUCCGUUGUAAGGUAACAGCAAAAGCAUUUAGAAAGUAGAUGUAUCGGGCUUACAGCUCUCAUAUACAUUGAAAGCUGCUGGCGGUUCUUGCCACGUCCUUCUCCACAAUGCAUCAAAAAACGUCUCCUGAUUCCCACCCGCCUCCCCAAAGAAGUUAUCUGGGUCCUGUUCCCAUCUCUCUUUGAUUAAUGUAACCUCCAUGCUGUGUUCCUGGACACUUGGUGUUCCUUCCCUCCAGUCCUUCUAAACCCCAGUUGCUAAAAUUGCCUUCCUUCGCUCAUUGUUACAGCCUCAGCACUGCCGCAGCCUUUUCCCUCUGCUGGUUUCCUUUCAUUCAAAAUGCAAAAACCUUUCAUCUUUGCCUGGCUGCCGUCUGCACCAGGCUGCUUCCGCGUGAAGCCGAGAUAACAUCUCAUUACCCUGCACAUUUUCUAUAUAUCUGCUAGUAUUAUCGUUCACGGGGUUCUGAUGAAUCAGUUGCCCCAGGGAAGUGGGCCUCGUGGCCCCUCUCCCCAGACCACUCCCUCUGGUGCACCAGUGCUGUCUGUCGCCUGGCUGAAAUUGUGUCCUUGGACUGUAUUAAAGCCUCUCGUUUGCCUCGAUGAAAGAUGGAGAAUGUGUGCAUGUGUGUUUGUAGAAAACUCUUUGAGUUUUGAAUGGCUGGCAUGCACCCUAUUGUACAAAGGUGUGGGACGCAUUCCUUGUCCCAUUCACUUUUGCUUCUGGUCCUGCCCGCCACUGGCAUGCAGCUGAGUCCAAAGAUCCGUAGCCAUGACAGAGAAGGGCUUUAUGGGGAUGAAGAGCCCAAUUACAGUUACUCCAACUUCCCCUGCAGUUGCUCACGGCUCUGAACAGGAGCUGGUUGAGUAGAUUGGGAAGGGGCACAGCUGUCCUUACGGGCCCUGAUUUAUGCUGAGUCUUGCAUCGCCAGCUAGACUGAAAUGUCUCCAUCCAGUUGCCCCACUCAAACAAAUACUUAAGAGGAGGAACUAUUCUUGUUUCCCCCUAAUGUCAUUAGCCAGCUUUUGUGCAGAAGGCGGGCUGCAUAUAUUUUAGUGAAUUAAAAAGAUUCAAAUGGAGCUUGCUAGAUGGUAGUGGUAUGUAUCCCAUCGCCACUCAGCUUGGGCAGUCUGCUGUGUUUCUCCGUGGGGCUUCUUUUCCGAUUGCAGUCUGUUCUUUUGUGAUAUAUUUCCCCUUUUCUUUUAUUUAUUUUAUAUAACCUGCAGGCUUGUUUCUGCGAUGAUCACGCACGGAGUAAGGUUUUCAAACAAGAGAAGGGAAGGGAGCCUCCCUGCCCUAAGUGUGGCCAUGAAACGCAACAGACUAAGGACCUGAGCAUGUCAAGUAAGUUUCCCUUUGGUAAUGACAUUCAGAAUUCCCCAGGCACCAGGCAUGUUUUGCAACCAUGUGAAGAUCUCUGGAUGCUAGGUUGACAGCUGACAUCUCCACCUGGCUGGCCCCUGCAGCUUUCUUAAGCAGGUAAGCAGAAGAGCUUGUGUAUUGCAUUAAUCUCCCACAUUUUUCUCCCAAGGAGUACAUGGUUUACCUUCCUCCUUAGUUAAUCCCUACAACAACCCUGUGAGGUAGGUUAAGAGGCUGUGACUGGCCCAAGGUCACCCAGUGAGCUUCAUGGCUGAGUGGGGAUUUGAACCCUGAUCUCCCAGGUCCUGUUCUGACACUCUUAACGACUACACCCCAUAUGCUUCCUAGGGUACUUCUGCUAUGGGGCUGCUAUAUUAAUCAUGUCACUUAGAGAAGCUUUUCUUGAAGCUUGAUUUUGUUAUUUUUCUGGAUUGUUUUAUUUGAUGUUUUAAUGUGCUGUAAACCGCGCUGAACUUUUGCAUUAAAACAUAAAGCAGUAUAUUAAUUAAUUUCAACACCCCACCCCAAUGGCACCUAGACAUUCCAUUGUGGUGACCGUAACCUAGAUUAAAGCUGCCAUUUGGCAAUUAGCUUAUAUACCUGAGUGUUGGACUUUCGGAGGAAGAGAGGGGAACUAGCCCCAUUGUAUAUCGGUGGGGGGGGGGGGUUGUGUGGAGAGAGUCUCUUCCUUUAAAUUCCUGGGAGUUUACCUUAGUGAAGACCUAACUUGGAUAAACAGUAUAACUCAGGUGGUGAGGAAGGCCCAAAGGAGACUCCAUUUCCUCUGGGUCUUGCGAAAGAACAAUGUUAAACAACAAUUGAUGACCUCCUUCUACUGGUCCACAAUAGAAAGUGUGCUCUCAUAUUGUAUCACAGUGUGGUACGUUGGCUUGACAGCCAUGGACAGAAAGUCUUUACAGAAGGUGGUGAACACAGCACUUGAUAUCAUGGGCUGUCCCCUGAGCCCGCUAGAUGACAUCGCAAAGGAUCGUUGCCUUAGGAGAGUGAGAAAAAUUCUCAGGGAUGAUUCACACCCUGGCCAGCACCUCUUUAAUCUUCUACCCUUGGGCAGGAGUUAUAGAAGUAUAAUCUGUUGUACCAACAGGCUAAAAAACAGUUUCUAUCCAUGGACUGUUAGGCUGCUGAACAGAAAAUAAUAUAUGCAACCGACUUUCAAGGUUGGUGUGUUGUGCGACAAGCACACAGAGUGCAAUGAGAAUGUGUUUUUUUAGGGGGGGAGGCUCGGUUAAUUUCAUUGUACACAGGUUGUACAUUGACAAUAAAGAUAUUAUUAUUAUUUAUUAGUUAUUAUUAUUCUAACACUGGUAACCAUUUCCACCUGCAAUUACCCUUAUCACCUGCAGCAAACCUCGUACUGGGAAGUCCAUGUUCUUCCCUGUUCAAAAGACUUAUCAUAAAAUCUGGUAGCGUAUUUUUGAAUUAAUGCAACGAGAUGAGGAUGGUUUCAUCUCCGUCAGAAAGGGUGUAAACCGCAGAGAAGCUUCUGUGCCUCGUUUCACCAGGAGCACACUGGCUAACCAGAAUGAUCCUGUAAAUGAGAAGGGGGAGAAAAAAUUAAAGAAGACAAAGAAUGAAUGAAUGAAUGAAUGGGUUUCUUACGGAUUUGUGAUAAUGCCUUACCUGCUUCUAGUGUUAUUUGACGGUGCAAUCAUGAGAAUUACACAUGUGAAAAUAGAUGUAAGGUAGAGUUGUUGGGGUUUUACCUGAACUAUUUAACACCCACCUUCCUUGAUGGGAAGUGAAACAAAGACAGGAUGUUUUCCUCUCUUUCUGCAGCACGCUCUCUGAGGUUUGGCCGACAGACAGGAGGCGAAGAGGCUGACGGGGCUUCCGGCUAUGAUGCUUAUUGGAAGAACCUUUCGGCUGGCAAAGAUGAUGAUUACGAAGCAGAGGAUGACGAUGAAGACGAGGAGGAGGAGGAAGGAGGGAGGGAUUCGGAAACGGAGGCAACCAGUAUGUUUGGUCACUUGAAUUUAGGAAGAACCUAUGCCAGCGGCUAUGCACACUAUGAGGAGGCGGAUGACUAA